CUGGCAUUCAGUUGGUUUUGUUAGCUCGACACGAGCCGGUCGAAGGAAUAUUAAAGAAAUAAAAGUGCCGGCAACUCACACAACCCAGCAACAGUAGCAGCAGCAGCAUUUUUGUACGUCACAUUAUAUCGCCGAGUUUCGUUUUUCCCACAGACACGCACGUGGAGGAGUGCUUACACAAAAAGUUUAAAGCCAAAACUCGACCAUGGGAGACGCUACUGCCUUUUCGUCCAUGGACGAGUUUUGCGGCUCCACAUUCUGGGAUGCAAAUGAGACGUGGUGGACAACCGAUCCAGAUUUUACACCCUGUUUCGAGCAAACAGUUCUAGUUUGGGCACCCUGUGCCUUCUUUUGGCUAUUUAUGCUAUUCGACUUUUGGUAUUUGAAGGCCAGCUUGGAUAAGAACAUACCAUGGAACAGAUUGAACAUAAGCAAACUGCUCAUAAAUGUGGGUCUCCUGGUGGUCACCGCCUUGGAUCUGAUCAUGUCGUUUGUCAAGAAGGGCGGCGACUCUGAACUGCCGCUCUACGGCGUGGACAUUUGGACGCCCAUCAUAAAAUUGCUCACCUUCCUGAUGGUACUGAUGUUCAUACCGCUGAAUCGCAAGUAUGGCGUUCAGACAUCUGGUUGCCAGUUCAUGUUCUGGUUUCUAUUGACUAUAUUCUCCAUACCACGCUGUCGGACCGAGGCGCGCUUGCAUCAGGAGCGCGGUCAGAUUAUUGGCUCGCAACAGGCGGAGCCGCACGAUUUCACCUGGGAGACAUAUCAGUUUGCCAGCUUCUUUAUAUUCUUUGCCUUUACCUGCCUGAUGCUGAUCCUCAACUGUUUUGCUGACCAGCUGCCCAGGCAGACCAAAUACUAUCGCGGACCCAAAGAGAUACCCGAGCUGUCGGCCAGUUUUCUGUCGCGCAUCACGUACAGUUGGUUCGAUCGGAUGGCCUUGAAGGGCUAUCGCAAUCCGCUGGAGGAGAAGGAUCUGUGGGAUUUACGGCCGCAGGAUAGCUGCAAGGAGGUGAUGCCCACCUUUGCGCAUUAUUGGAACAAGAAUGUGCGCAAGAACUAUAAACGCGCGAGCGGCGGUCAGGAGCCGAAGGCACAGUUCAGCAAUGGCAAGGUCUCGUUUGAGAAUCCUCAGAGCAAUGGCCGCAAGAAGGGCAUGGCCAGUAUUAUGCCGCCCAUUUACAGAUCGUUUGGUGGAAUUUUCCUAUUCGGCUCAUUCUUCAAACUGAUCACCGAUAUUCUGACCUUUGCCCAGCCGCAAGUGCUCAGCCUGAUCAUUGGCUAUGUGGAGGACUUUGCCAAGGUGCCGCAGCCGGAAUGGAAGGGCAUCAUGUAUUCGAUACUAUUGUUUGUGCUGGCCAGCGCACAGACCUUCAUACUCGCUCAAUAUUUCCAUCGCAUGUUCAUUGUGGGCCUGCGCAUCCGGACAGCGCUGAUCAACUGCAUCUAUCGCAAGGCGUUGCGCAUUUCAAAUGCCGCCCGCAAGGCGUCCACAGUCGGUGAAAUUGUCAAUCUGAUGGCCGUGGAUGCGCAACGUUUCAUGGACCUGACCACCUAUCUGAACAUGUUGUGGUCCGCACCGCUGCAAAUCGCGCUGGCCCUCUACUUCCUCUGGCAGCAGUUGGGUCCCUCCGUGCUGGCCGGUCUCGCCGUGAUGAUCAUCAUGAUACCGCUUAAUGGCUUCAUUGCCAGCCGCAUCAAGACCUAUCAGAUACGCCAAAUGAAGUACAAGGACGAACGUGUCAAGCUCAUGAAUGAAGUUCUCAGUGGCAUUAAGGUGCUUAAAUUGUACGCGUGGGAGCCCAGUUUCGAGAAGCAGGUGCUGGAUAUACGUGACAAGGAAAUAGCCACACUGCGCGCGACCGCCUACUUGAAUGCCAGCACAUCCUUCCUCUGGUCCUGUGCGCCGUUUUUGGUAUCAUUAGUCACAUUUGCCACAUAUGUUCUAAUCGAUGAAAACAAUGUGCUCGAUGCGAAAAAAACCUUUGUCUCAUUAUCAUUAUUCAACAUACUUCGCUUUCCGUUAACCAUGUUGCCCAUGCUGAUCACCAACUUGGUGCAAACGCAAGUUUCUGUCCAACGCAUAAACAAAUUCCUGAACAGUGAAGAGCUGGACCCCAACAAUGUGCAGCAUGAUGCCUCGAAACCACAUCCCAUGAGCAUUGAGAAUGGCCACUUCUCGUGGGGCGAUGAGGACGAGAUGACGCUCAAGAAUAUAAACAUGCAGGUGCCGAAAAAUAAUCUGGUUGCCAUUGUUGGCACCGUCGGUUCCGGUAAGUCCUCGGUGAUCCAAGCACUCCUUGGUGAAAUGGAGAAAAUCUCCGGCACGGUCAACACGGUCGGCAAAAUGGCGUAUGUGCCACAACAGGCGUGGAUCCAGAACGCGACCGUGCGAGACAAUAUAUUGUUCGGCAAGCCGUACGAUCGCAAGCGUUACAAUAAGGUGAUCGACGCCUGCGCCUUGCGCACCGACAUCGAGAUACUCUCUGCCGGCGAUCUGACCGAAGUCGGCGAGAAGGGCAUCAAUUUGUCCGGCGGCCAAAAGCAGCGCAUCUCGUUGGCGCGCGCGGUUUAUCACAAUGCGGACCUGUACCUGCUGGACGAUCCGCUGAGCGCGGUCGACUCGCAUGUGGGCAAACACAUCUUCGAGGAGGUGAUCGGACCGAAGGGCAUGCUGGCCAAAAAGACACGUGUCCUGGUCACCCACGGCAUCACGUUCCUGCCCCAGACCGAUAAGAUUUAUGUGAUGAAAAUGGGCGAGAUUAGCGAAAAUGGCACGUACGCUGAGCUGCUGAAGAACAGGGGCGCCUUUGCCGACUUCCUGAUGCAGCAUCUGCAGGAGGGCGAGGAGGAGGAAGAGGAACUAAAUCAAAUCAAACGCCAGCUAUCGCAAACCGAUCCCGCUCUGGUAGCGCCCUUCGAGAAAGCCAUUCUCCUGGCGCGCACCGAAAGCCUUUCGGACUCAAUCUCUGUCACCUCCGCCGACAGCUUAAUGGGCGGCAGUUUGCGUCGCCGCGGCAAGCGUCAGGAUUCGUACGAUUCGAAUGCAUCGGCCGCCUCGUUGAAAAAGAAACAAGAGGUCGAAGGCAAACUGAUCGAGACGGAAAAAUCACAAACGGGCGGCGUUGACUUUGCCGUGUACAAGCAUUAUAUCAAGAGCGUUGGCAUAUUCUUAUCGGUCGCCACCCUGGUGCUGAAUUUUGUGUUCCAAGCCUUCCAAAUCGGUUCCAAUCUGUGGCUCACCCAAUGGUCUAAUGACAAGGCCGUGGAGCACGAUACGGGCCUGAGGAACAUGUACUUGGGUGUCUACGGCGCUUUCGGUUUCGGUCAAGGUGUGUUUGCCUACAUUGCGGUCGUGAUUGUCUACUGCGGCGGUCUGAAGGCCGCAAAAACAUUGCACAACCAGCUGCUCAACCAGGUGAUGCGCGGCUCGAUUUGUCGCUUUUUCGAUAUAACGCCCCUCGGGCGCAUCUUGAACAGUUUCAGCGCCGAUAUGGAUGUUAUCGACGAGGAACUGCCCGCCACCAUGGAUUCCUUCAUGACCUUUAUAUUUAUGGUUCUGGCCACAAUUGUGGUUAUUAGCAUAUCGACGCCAAUUUUCCUGGCCGUCAUCGUGCCCAUUGGGUUCAUCUACUAUUUCGCGCAACGCUUCUACGUGGCCACCUCCCGCCAGCUGAUGCGCUUGGAGUCCGUUUCCCGAUCGCCAAUCUAUUCGCAUUUCGGCGAAACCGUGACGGGAGUUUCUACAAUACGCGCCUACACGGUCCAGGAUCGCUUCAUCGAGGAAUCGGACAACAAGGUGGACAAGAAUCAGGUGUGCAAGUAUCCGUCUCUGAUUGCGAAUCGUUGGCUCGCCGUGCGCUUGGAGAUGGUCGGAAAUCUGAUCAUUCUGUUCGCCUCGCUCUUUGCGGUGCUGGGCGGUCAAACGAAUCCCGGCCUGGUGGGUCUGUCGGUCAGCUAUGCGCUGCAGGUAACCCAAACGCUCAACUGGCUGGUGCGCAUGUCCUCGGACAUUGAGACGAACAUUGUGUCCGUGGAGCGCAUCAAGGAGUAUGGCGAAACGAAGCAGGAGGCUGCCUGGGAGCUGGAGGAAGAUAAAAAGAAGCCCAAAAACUGGCCCGAAGAUGGACGUGUCGAAUUCAAAGAUUUCCAAGUGCGCUACCGCGAGGGUCUCGAGCUGGUGCUGCGUGGCGUUAGCUUCAACAUCAGCGGCGGCCAAAAGGUGGGCAUUGUGGGACGCACUGGUGCCGGAAAAUCCAGUUUGACUCUGGCUUUGUUCAGAAUCAUCGAGUCUGCUGGCGGCAAAAUUCUGAUUGAUGGCAUUGACAUUGCCACCAUGGGUCUGCAUAUGCUGCGCUCGCGUCUGACGAUCAUACCCCAAGAUCCCGUGCUGUUCUCCGGCUCGCUGCGUUCUAAUCUCGAUCCGUUUGAGGUUAAGACCGACGAUGAAAUCUGGAAGGCGUUGGAACUGUCGCAUCUAAAGGCAUUCGCCAAGAGUUUGACAGCCGGCUUGAAUCACGAAAUCUCCGAAGGUGGCGAAAAUCUGUCCGUGGGCCAGCGUCAAUUGGUUUGUCUGGCGCGUGCACUGCUGCGCAAGACCAAGGUUCUGGUGCUGGACGAGGCCACAGCAGCUGUGGAUCUGGAAACGGAUGACCUUAUACAGAAAACCAUACGCAGUGAGUUCAGAGAGUGUACCGUGCUGACCAUAGCCCAUCGUUUGAAUACCAUCUUGGACUCGGAUAAGGUCAUUGUGCUGGAUAAGGGUCAGAUAACAGAGUUUGACGCGCCGAGUGCACUGCUGGCCGAUCCAAAGUCCGCCUUCUUCAGCAUGGCCAAGGAUGCCAAUCUUGUUUAGUAUUUUAGCAUAAACAUGGACGAAACUCAUAAAAAAAAGUGUGGCCAAAAAACAACAAAACAAAAUGAACUAGAACUAGUUAGGCCGCAAUUGAACGCUAGCUUUUAAUCAAUUUAGCAACACUGGAAAAUAUUUAAAAGAAAUAACGUUAAAGUGCUCUACCUCAGCGGAAGCAACAACUACAAAAACAACUACAACAACUAUGGCAACAACAAUAGCAACAACAAUAACAACAACAACAACAAUUUGUGUGUGCGUGCAAUUAGUAAAUACCAUUAAAAUGUUCAUUAGCUUAAGUCAAAAAGUUGAAUAAUGCGCUCGCAGGUCUCUUUUGGUACAUUUCAUCUAAAAUGUACUUUUAUAUGUAUAUAUAUAUAUAUAUAUACAUAUAUUUAUAUAUAUGUACGUAUGUGUAUGUACUUACCUAGGUUCGUUUUAUGUGUAUGUUUGUAUAUAUGUGCAUGGCCAUAUAUAGUUAGUGUAUACUCUACACAUAUAUGGAUUCGCAUGCCCUGUUUAUUUUUCUAUGCCAGUUUACAUGUUAAAAAAAAAAUAAUAACCGAAAAGCGUCCGACUUAAUCACGCAAACGUACUUAAAAUAUGAAUGAAAGAAAACAAAACCUCUUAAGAAUUUGCCUUCAAAUGAUUAAAUCAGUAAGCUAUUAAAUGCCCAGUAGUUAAUUAGAUUUUGCAACAUUUUUUGUAAAAUGUGUACUUAACGAAACAGUUGAAAUUGUAUUCAUAAGAACAAAUAAAACCCAUCUAUAACUAAUGUGAAUUUAAA